AUGAGAGAAACACAACAACCUAGUCUAUUUAAUGCCAUUUUGUGUUGAUUACAUAUUUAUGUCUGGGAUAAAUUUCUUAUUGUGUGUUCCAGGUAUGUGAGAGAACCAUUAUUUACUGUAUGAAUAGUAGUCUAUAAAUCUCACCAGUUUUGAGUUUGUGAAGCUUGAUCCAACCAUUGACUGACUGACACGCCCAAAAGGUUUCCAUCUGCUUCCCAUAGACUACAGCUGGAUCUGCUCUUAAAGGGGAGGACAACAUGUCUCGAAGGAGCGCUUAAGAAGAGUCCACUUGUCCUCACAGAAGACAGAAGGUCAUUCGUGUAAAGUUAAAGCCCUCUUAACCUAACCUCGCAGGAGCUCGUCUGUAUGAUUCCUUUCAUUUCAGAGUCUGGUUUAAUCACGAAUGUCUUAACCGGGCCGUUAACGCAGCACAGACCUCCCCUUUAAUCCAGCCAGCUCCUCCGCCAUGUAGCCACUGUCGGCAUAACACAACAGCGGGACUCUCGGCUGCUACAUCACCCCGACCCCUUCUCUGUCCGCCGCCUCAUUUAUCAGUUCCUCUCCCCUGCCAUGCCCCGGGUCACCUCGCUGCUGCCUGCCCUGCUGUUUGUCCUCCUGCCGGGCCUGAACCGGGGCUAUUUCCCCGAGGAGCGCUGGAGCCCCGAGUCUCCGCUGCUCGCUCCCCGGGUCGUCAUAGCGCUGGUCUGUCGCAACUCGGCGCACUCACUGCCGCUGUUCCUGGGAACCAUCGAGCGUCUCAACUACCCAAAGGACCGCAUUGCGCUCUGGGUGGCGACAGAUCACAACGUAGAUAACACCACAGCCAUUCUAAGAGAAUGGCUCAUCAAGGUGCAGAAUUACUAUCAUUAUGUGGAGUGGAGACCCGAAGAUGAACCCAGUGCCUUUGAAGAUGAGGUGGGGCCUAAGCACUGGAAUAAUCUCCGCUAUGAACAUGUAAUGAAGCUCCGUCAGGCAGCGCUGGACACUGCCCGCGAGAUCUGGGCUGACUACCUGCUGGUGGCUGACUGUGACAACCUGCUCACCAGUCAGGAUGUUCUGUGGAAGCUGAUGAAGGAGAACAAGACCGUUGUCGCUCCCAUGCUGGAGUCCAGAGCUGCUUAUUCCAACUUCUGGUGCGGCAUGACAUCGCAGGGUUACUACAAGCGUACGCCAGCCUACAUGCCCAUCCGUAAGCAGGAGCGUCUCGGCUGCUUCGCUGUGCCCAUGGUCCACUCAACCUACCUGGUGGACCUCAGGAAAGCGGCCUCCCGUCAGCUGGCUUUUUACCCGCCGCACCCAGAGUACAGCUGGGCUCUGGAUGAUGUUAUCGUCUUUGCCUACUCAGCACGCAUGGCAGAUGUGCAGAUGUAUCUGUGCAACAAAGAAACAUACGGUUAUUUCCCAGUGCCAAUGCGUUCCUAUGCUACCUUGCAGGAUGAGAUGGAAAGCUUUUUGCAUGUUCACCUUGAGAUCAUGGUGAAAAAUCCUCCAUUGGAGCCCUCGAGCUUCCUGUCUCUUCCUCCCAAGCAGCCUAACAAGAUGGGCUUUGAUGAGGUGUUUAUGAUCAAUCUGGUGCGGAGAGCUGAUCGUCGUGAGCGAAUGCUAAGAAGUCUGUACGAGCAGGAGCUCAGCUGUAAGGUUGUUGCUGCUGUGGAUGGCAAAGCUCUGAACGUGUCUGAGAUAGAGACCAUGGGGAUUAAGAUGCUGCCAGGCUACAAAGACCCUUAUCAUGGUCGACCUCUCACCAAGGGUGAACUGGGUUGUUUCCUCUCUCAUUACAACGUCUGGAAGGAGAUAGCAGACCGUGGGCUGCAGACGUCCCUGGUCAUCGAGGACGACCUCCGCUUCGAGGUGUUCUUCAGACGUCGGCUGCAGACGCUGCUGCAGGAGGUGACGUCACACAAGCUGGACUGGGAUCUCAUAUAUAUCGGGCGGAAGCGCAUGCAGGUUGACCACCCAGAGAAAUCUGUACCAAGCAUCCACAAUCUGGUUGAGGCGGACUACUCCUACUGGACACUUGGCUACAUGUUGUCGUUACAAGGAGCUCAGAAGCUCCUCAAAGCCGAGCCUCUGAGCAAGAUGCUCCCUGUCGAUGAGUUCCUCCCCGUCAUGUACAACAAACACCCUGUUUCGGAGUACAUGGACCACUUUGAGCACCGGGAGCUGCGUGCCUUUUCUGCCGAGCCACUUCUGGUGUAUCCAACCCAUUACACAGGAGAUGCGGGCUACAUCAGUGACACGGAAACAUCAGUGGUCUGGGACAACGAGACGGUCAAAACUGACUGGGACCGAGCAAAGUCGAGGAAGACUCAGGAGCAAGGCGAGCUGAGCUUUGAGGCCCAGAACUCAGACGUGCUGCAGUCAGAACUGGAGAACUGGACUGCACGGGAUGAGCUGUGAUGAAGACGCAGGAAGAGGGAAGCAGUUCUGGCGUUCAGAGAUAAGGAUGAGGGAAAAGGAACAUAGCUGUGAUAGUGGGGGAAAUGAAAAGUGUGGAGGCAACACAAGAGAAAGCAGGCAAAGGCUGGACAGAUGGGACACUGAGCUGAUAUUUUUCUCUCUACUACUAGAUCAUUCUCCUGAGAGACAAGGUUAGGUGUAGAGUUAACUCUUAAAGAGUCAGCAAGCAGCUUUUGUUUUAUUUAUUGCUUCCAAUGCACAUCCCUUGUCUUGUUCCAAAGUAAGAACUGGUUUCACAUAUCCAGUUUGUCUUUAAACAAUUGGACUCACAGGAAAAAAUCAAUAAUAGAAAUCCAGACUUAUGGGACAACCUGUAGUAACAUUUCAACUGCCAAGCACAGUUUAAGAAAACCCUCAUCUACUUAUAUAUUAAUGUUGCAGGAUGUUUUUGAUUUAAAUGGGAGCCUCUAAAAUAUACAAAAUUCUAAUAAUUCUUUUUAUGUGAGGACUGAGAGAAUGACUAAUACACUGCUUUUAAUUCACUCUACUGUACUCUUGGUUGUUCUCAACCAGUUUGGCUGAAAAAGAAGCUAAAUCAGCUUCCUUCCCAGCACGUCUACUGACUGAGAUCAGUGCUACCAAAGAGAUAUUUGUGAAAUCCUCGGCUGAACAGUUUUUAGAGUUCUGAAGAUUUGACUGCAAAUGCAAAACCAAAAAUCCGGACAAUCCCAAAAGCAAAGAAGCUAUCUGUAAUAAAAAAAUAUAUAUAUAUAUAUGAUUUUUUGUUCAGAAGAAAACCAUCAGUAUUUUUGUGCUAUUGUUCUGUCACGUAAUCGUGUGACUCCCUCAGGUUGGUCUUUAAUUGGGUUCCUAAAGCCCAGUUUGGGAUCCACCCCUCUCUUCUUCUUCUUCUGUCUGUGUAGUUUGAUUUGGUGUUUCUUACGCGCCACCUAAUGCAGUUGUAACCCAAACUUGCAUUUUCUUUGUUGAAAUGGUAUGAAUAUUGUUUCUUAGUCAGUUUUAAUGUUUUGUCUCAACUAUAUGUUUUGAAAACUGUCUUUUUUGUCUUGUUUUUUAACAAAGGAUGAAUAAAUCUUUUAUUAUUAA